GUUAUCUCCGCCAUUUUCGUCGAGAGCACCAUGGCAGCUGCGCAGAAGAUGGCCCAGGAGAAGAAGCGCAAGCGCCAUGCAGACGAGCACCUUCUCGCCUCACGGGUGACUCGGUUGAUUACAUGCAUCCUGAAGCAUUCGGAGCACGGCGGCCUCCACCACAAGUUUACAGAGUCGGUGGAUGAGCUCUUCGAGAUCGAGGUGGCUCGAUCUGUUAUCGACGAAGCCAUCCAGGACCCGGUAGCCAAAGAGAUCCUCGACGACCUGGCACCCCGGCCGAUAUCUUUCUGGUCUACAGUACCCGAAUAG